AUGUUUGACGAUCCUUCAAAGAAGUUGACGUAUUAUGAAUAUGCUGCUGGUGUUUUAGUGUGCUGCUGGCCCAUCAUGAGACAAGCUGUCGCAGAAGAAUGGGCAGAUGUCGAUACAGCUGACAAGCGAGACUGGAUGGCCGGAGCACUAGUAGACUAUAUCUGCUCUGCAAAAGACGUUGAUCCUUGGGAUAUUGAAGAACUCAUUUUACAAAUUCUCCAGGACGAGUUUAACGUGGGUUCUGUUGAAGACGACUCUCCUUACAUUUUAGCUCAAGAUUUGCACCGUAUCUGGCAAGCGACCUUGGAAGACAACUUUGAUCCCAUUCGUGACAUCCAUGAACGUUUAGGAAAGCCAAUGGUUGAAAAGCAAGAGAGAGAAAACAAUAAAACUUCGAAACCUUCAGAGUCUGGUGUUCCUGAACUUGUCGAAGGAGAACCAUCGAUGCAGGAAGACGUUGCGGAGCCUGCUCAAAAAGAAUCAAAGGCUCCAACUGUUGACGACGAUGGUUUCACUGUUGUUCAACGUAAACGUUAA